CCACACGAAUCUUGAAAGCGAAUAAUAUAUCAGUUAUCGAACUAGCUUCUUAUUUUUUACUUUUUAGUGACGAGGGAGGGAUUCGGUGCAGUUCUUAGUAAAACCGUUGAACUAUAAAACUCCGUUACCAGCACACUGAAGCAUAGCACAUCCACUAUUAUAAUUGCAGCUGCAAUUAUGGAUCCCAGAGAGGCUGAAGCCGGAAGAAACGUGGAUCCAAAUCAUUCUGAGUGUAUAUAUCAUCUGGCUGUGGAUAUUGGGGGUUCUCUUACCAAGCUAGUUUACUUAACAAAGAAUAAUGAUCAUUCUGAUGAUGAAUCCGAAGCUAGUGGAAGCUGCCCUGUUCUCAAAGGGAAGCUCAAUUUUAAGAAGUUUGAAACAAGCAAGAUAAAUGAUUGUUUGGGGUUUAUCAAAUCCAUGAAGUUUCAUCCUGGAGGGAAGCAACAGCAGGAUGGUCCUGAAAGGCAGAUAACAGCUAUUAAGGCAACAGGUGGUGGUGCAUACAAAUAUGCUGAUCUUUUCAAGGAGAGACUUGGGAUCAGUCUUAAAAAGGAAGAUGAAAUGGAUUGUCUAGUAGCAGGGGCAAAUUUUCUGCUUAAGGUGGUUCGCCAGGAAGCAUUCACCUGCAUGGAUGGUCAAAAGCAAUUUGUGCAGAUCGACGACAAUGAUCUGUAUCCCUAUCUUCUAGUUAAUAUUGGGUCUGGAGUUGGAAUGUAUAAGGUGGAUGGAGAUGGCAAGUUUGAGCGAGUAAGUGGAACAAGUAUUGGUGGAGGUACUUUCUGGGGUUUGGGAAAGCUUUUAACUAAGUGCAAAAGUUUUGAUGACUUGCUGGAACUAAGUUACCGAGGGAACAACAGAGCAAUAGAUAUGCUUGUUGGAGAUAUUUAUGGAGGAAUGGACUAUUCAAAGAUAGGCCUUUCAUCAACUAUCAUAGCUUCUAGUUUUGGGAAGGUUAUUUCUGAUGAUAAGGAUGUUGAAGAUUGCAAACCUGAAGAUAUUGCUCAAUCCCUUCUAAGAAUGAUCUCAAAUAAUAUUGGACAGAUCUCUUACUUAAAUGCUGUUCUAUUUGGGCUGAAGAGGAUUUUUUUUGCUGGAUUUUUUAUUCGGAGCCAUCCAUUUACAAUGGACACACUAUCUGUUGCUGUUAAUUUCUGGUCCAAAGGUGAGGCAAAAGCAAUGUUCUUAAGGCAUGAAGGCUUUCUUGGAGCGAUGGGUGCUUUCAUGAGUUCUGAUAAGCAUGGCCUUCAGGAAUUAUUGGUGAAGCAAGCAGAGCAACCAAAUCCCAAUAAUGCAUGCUCUGCUGUGAGUAAAACACAAGUUCCGCUAGAUGGGGAGUCCAGUGCAGAUCAAAGCAUAGAGUGUACUUUCUAUAAAGCUUAGAUGAGGCAAUUCUACGUUGUCUCUGCAUGACCUGAGUUUCUGACUUUGUAUAGUUUGUAUUCUGUAGAAUGGUUGUCAGGUCUAACACCAUAUGUGACAGACAAUCGAAACUUGAAAUUAUAGCAACAUAGAAAAUAAGAAUGAUGGAGAGGGCUUGUAGAAAAGCUAAUGAUAUUUAAGAUUAUUUGACUACAUUGACUGUGACCUUAUCACUUUCUAACGGAUUCUUUUUCCUU